AUGAUAUUUAAAGCUGUCAAAGGUGUAACAGUACCUCUUGUGGGUGACUUGUGGAAUUCCAGUUCCUCGCAAUCUGAGAAUACUAUGGCUGCACUGGACACGACCACAACUCAUCAUGCGCACUACAAGAAUCGCAUUGUACAGGAAUGGGAGACAUUUAAUCCAGCACAGGUAAUUAAUUGGAAGGAAACAGACUGUUUAAAAAGACAACAGCAACAACAACAAAAACACGAUCAAUGCAAAAACAAACAAACAAACAAACAAAAAUUUUUUUUACAAACCUCAAGUGCGCACCUUUUCUUCCGGUUCCAUCAAGGAUUCAAAGACCACCGAUUUGCCAGUUCAAAUUAGGUCAAUUAUGAAAUUGGUACUAUUUCAAUUUAUUUGACGCUCAAGGCCCAGUUUACGAGGAGUGGAGCUAAGUUUACCCUCUAGCCCUCCUACUGUACUUUAGAGUGGUCAAAAGAUAAUCCCCCUUCAUAAAGAAAGGUCAACGCGCUUGUUAAUAACGUAAAGAACCCAAAUUGGUGGCCAACUGAGCAAUGUUAAUAUUGGUCGUAAACGCACUUUUGCUAGACUGCAAGACAGCGCGUAUCAAUUGCGUAGGUCAAGAACGCCGGUGUAGUCAAGCGAGAGUCCUGGAGCGUGGGCGAAAACCGAAUUUGAGACUGGGAAGAGAUGCUCGAAAUAGUGGCUUGUGAGGCUCGCGCGCUUGACACCUUGAAAAGCCAAUUUCGAGAAAAAAGGCCCACAGUUUUGCUUGUGCAUGUGUCUUUUCUACGGCUGUAACGUGGGUUCUUGCUUUCGAAAUAAAAAUGUGGUUAUGGGAAGACUUCGGAGUGAAAACUGUUGACACUAAACCUGAACUUCCUUCGAGGCUAAUCCUGCCUAGACCAUUUACGCGCCAAAAAUCCUGACCCUUCUUAAAGGGUUACCCUAGCAAUUAGCAGGGUAACCCUCCCCCUAAUGUAACCCUGCUUCUCAGGCAUACUAAAAUAGGAAACACAAAAGAGAAAGGAUACUCUUAUAGGAGAGUAACCCUCCUACCAUGUAUAACAGACCUCAAUGUUUCUUUUCCAUCACUUUAGGCCCGAGUUGUUCUGUACGAAAAUGGAAAUGAGGUCCUCUUUCUUAAGUUCAGUGCCAAUGGCACCAACAGAUUUAACUGGUUUUCUCAGGCAAACCUAAUUUCUUCGCCUUGGAAUGAUCUUAAAAGAGCAACGAACCUCCAGCACUUUGAUAUCAUUGGAUCACACUCCAGAUCUUUUGAAAUUUCCGCUUCUUAUGGAGGCUGCGAUCAUGAUUUUGGUUGGCUUUCUAUCACUGCGGCUGACUGCAGCUGGGAAACUCGGGUUGUCAAACCUGCUCCCCAGUAUAGCAAGCAGACGUACAAGACAAAUGCCAAGGACUAUGGUAAGAAAAUCAGAGGUGUUAUAGGAAGCCAGUGGUUUCGCCACGUAGUAAGCUAG